UGAAACGCAAGACUAGCGCUGUAUUUUAUCUAAUUUCUUUUACAUUGACUAGGUUAUCAGACUAUGUUCAGACGAAAAUUAUGUGCAUUAGAGUACCAACAAGCAGACAAUUUCGACCAUGACAAUGAAAAUGAGUUCAGGAAUCUAAUACUUUGGCUAGAAGACCAGAAAAUUCGACAUUAUAAGAUUGAGAACAGAACAGGGCUGAGGAACAUCAAUGGCGGUGACUGGUCAAAGGCUUUGCAAAGUUACCUAGAAGAACUUGGUUGUCCAUACCAGCUUGCUGAAAGGCCAGUUUUGAUAGAUUGGUUGCUAGGAUAUGCAGUACGUCUGGAUUACGGAGACUCUGCUGACCAGUACAGGAACAUAACACCAGAUACUGUGAAAGCCAGAUCUGCUGCACCUGCUGGAUCUACAAACCCAUUAGACAAUUUAGACUUCAAUGAUGCUGAUUUUAAAGCAGGAGUUGCCUCCCUUUCCAUGAUUCUCAAAGUUCCUCCACAUGCUGACCACCUAGAACAACUUAAGGCCAUAUGUUUACUGGUUAAAGACAGGCUGUCAAAAGAGGCUAUAGCAAAAGCCACAUCACAACCAAAGGGAGUACAAGUACCAUUAGAUAAAACAGAGCUAGGAUUUGAAACUGGAGAUUAUAUCAUCAAUGAAGCUGCCAAAAUUGUAAGGUUAUUGCAUAUAAAGGACUUAAGAGAUUUGCAGACACAGAUUAACGCUGCGAUAGUAGGGGUACAAACCAUCACGGCCAAUCCCAAAACUGACAGCAGACUCGGAAAAGUUGGCAGAAUGUAAACAUGGCUUAAUCUAAAGCCCAGCUCAUUGCCGAAGUCUAGAAGAGACUGAAAUCCUUGUAAAAUUGUGAAAGGAACUGGAGAUUCACAAAAGGUUUUCAUUUUGUGUAGAACUGGUGCUGUUGCCACAUCAUCACUUAUAAUUCCUAUAGAUCAUUGCAAUGGACAAUUUGUAAAGUCCAAUUUGUCUGAUCCUGAACUGGGAUAAUUACUCAUAAGUUAGUACAGAGUAAUGUACUAUCUUUAAGUUCAGAGUUUUGAGUGACGAGAGAAUCAUGCCCUGUAUAACCUGCAAUAAAUUAUUUGUUCAAGAAACUUUUAAAGUGCUAAUUAUACCGCAAGAUUGACAAUGUGACAUUGUAUAUUGUAAUAAAACUAUAUACAGUACAUUUUCAA